UUAUACAUGUGUAGUAUGAAACCAGACCGGUGUGUAAAGCUCGCCAGACUAGAAAACUACCUUCCUAACGGGUGCUAACAUGCUAGCAAACUAGCAUAUUAGGAACCUAUGUAAUACAUGGAGCGACGUUAUAAAUAGGUUCGGCUACUUGAACUUCGUUCAAAACGCCUGCUACGAUAUUGGAAUAGACACCAUACACAACGACCAUUAUCGUCCCCUAACAGCUGUCACAAGACAUCUGGACAAAACUGCCCCACGAGGCAUGCGAGACACAGGAGUUUAGACCAGCCACACGAAUAAGUCAUGGCGUCCUCUCUAGGUGGAAAUACCCGGAUCCCUAAGAGAAACAGAUCUGAACUUAUGGAGUUCAUUCGUCUUGAUUCUCCUGAUGCCAAAGAAAUAUUGCGUGAGUCUCAGCGAACAAACCUGGUAGAAAAAAACACUGAGAGGAUAUACCGAACAAUCUCAAUGUGCUUGGUCCGGAACACUGAACUAGCCAGACGAUAUGAGAGAAGAAGGAAAGCGCUGAGGGACCAGGGUAGGAAACCAAAGGAAUUGGAGGACAGAUUAUUGUUUGCUGAAGAUUCUUGGCAGGGGAUUCAGAAAAUCUGCAGGUCGGGACCAAAUUGUGAAAAAGCCAGAAACGUUCUAGGAGACAGCCAAUUCGGUCUGCAUUUAAGCAGAAACUAUGACGUACUGUUAAGAUACACUGCAUGUGCAAACGCCGACGGAAUAAGAUUCCUUCUUGUCUUUAAGGCUAUGUUCGGAAAAGUGAAAUCCGUCACACCAAAUUUGACUAAUGAUCAGUGCAGUAUCGAACCAACGCCCAACUACGAUACACACAUAUCCGUAACUAAACCAGAUGCGGACAUGGGGAUAUGCGAUGCGCAAGAUAAUAACUUCGCAUACCUGUAUGAAUAUGACGAGGAAACUACACUACCUAGUAUGUCACCGUCACAGAUACUACCAUUUGCUGUCAUUAGCCUUGAAAGAACAGCAGAGAAAAUCAUUGGACCUCUGCGAACACCGUGGCCAAAACUGAGAAAAAAGAGGCAAUCCUCAUUUAAUCCUACGUUAAAACAACAAAUCAGCGAGGAGACACAUUCUCCGCCUGUUUCUAAUAUGGAAGUCCCUUCUAAGGCCAAUUUGACAUCAACUGCGCUUACGGGAAAAGUUGACACUUCCAUGGAGAUUACUGAUAAUUGUGCAAAGAAAGAUAGCAUUAAGAAAGAAACAUUAUUUUUGAAUGAUAUACCUACUUCGAUAUCUAAUGGGAAACAGAAGUUACGCCUGGGCACAGCCCGGCGAUCAGCCAGGACGGUAAUCGGUAAGAGGACAAAAUCGGUGGGAGGGAAUGAAAAUAUGCAACAUGACUACGAGGAGGAAACAGAUUUACAAUACACAGAAUAUUUGUGGGAUCCGUUCCUUGAACCAAGGUCUUCGGACAACACAAACGUGUAUAUGGAAAGUGAAGUAUCGCCUCAAAGCCAGAAGGAAAAAUCGCCUGAAAACCAGGAUGGAAAAUCGCUUCAAAACCAGAAUGGUUCUCUGCACGAUACAGAAACUACAUCAGAUAAAACCCUAAUUAUUCAGCGAUUAAAAGAAAUAGAAAAAGAAAUUCAUACAAAACAAAAAAAACUUCGAGAACUGCGGCUAAGUCGAAGUACUUCAAUGAGGUCAGGAGAUUCAAUAACAUCUGAAGAGGGUUCAUGGGUAGAUGACGUCGUUAGCGACAAUAUCACACUGUCACCAAAAAGAGUGGAGUCAUGCGAUGACAGGAAUCAACCAUUAGACCUUAGCAAAGCAUGUACAAUAACAUAUAAAAAAGAGAAUAAAGAUGCAAAAACGAUGUCUACGAAAAUCGUCAACAACCAAUCGCAAGGCAACGACUCAAUAAUUGAUCCAGAAAAUAGAAACCAACAAAGUGCAUAUGCUGAAGCAAGCCGCGAACAGAAAGAAAUGUCACAGUUACGAACGUCAAUUAUUGAAAGCGAAGCACAUAAUUCCGCGGAGGAGAAAGGUAAAUUACAACUGAAACUCACAAUUGGUUCAGAUAAUCGUAAUUGUGACCCCGAUCGUGAUACCCCUACACCAACAUUGGACGAACCACAAGACAUGUAUUGGAUGCACACUGAACUCCCAGAUUCUCAGUGUAGUAGCAACAGAUGCAAUGGUGCUGCUAAAGAAUCUACGGAGGUAAAAGAAUUUUAUACGGGAGCAAAGGAAAACAUACAAAAACAUAAUUUGGUACCUGUCAAUGGUCAAGGUCCUGAAUAUGAUACAAACAGGUAUCGAAUAGAUGAAAGCAUGCAAUCUUCCUCAAAGAAAUGUUCAAGUUUCUAUGAAAGUUAUAUCAGGAAAAAGAAACAAACAAUGGGCGAUCGUUUCAAACUCGAUGAAAAACCAGACAUAUCUAUUGAUAUUUCCCGACAUGACCUCACUAGCAAAAGUGAUGUGAUAAUGGCAAGUCUUUCAGAUAAUGUGAACACCGAUAUGAAUCCUGUAUCUGUUGAAAAACCUUCUGUGUCAGAAAUGGAUGACCAACAAGUGAAAAGAGAGCUAUCAAGCAACACAACAUGUCUUUCUUCUCAGUUAAGUUUGCUUCCUUUUCCAAACAACUGCAUGACUCUAAAUCGAAGAGAUCCCAGGGCUCAAAAGCGUUCAACAUUAGAUACAGAAUCCAACCAUGAUAACGUGUCAGUUCCCCAAACAAAUGACAAAGACAUAGCACAAGUAAGCAAUAAAAAUGAAGCUUCUGUCACUAAAGAUGAUCAUGGAGAUGAUCCUGAAUAUCAUCAGGAUAAAUCUGACAGUACAAAUCCAAUCAAGCUCAUGUCAGACAAAGUAGAUUGCUCCGAAGCACAACACGAGUCUGAUAGUGACAGUAAACAUUCCAUUCUUGCUUGUUCGACAUCCGAUACUCACAGUUCUUCUUCUUGUGACGAAAACUCUAUACCGCAUUCGAAUGUAAUGCAGGUCGAUACAGAAGCAAAGAGUCGUCAAUCACCUUCUAGAAACCAUGGAGAUAAAGCAAUCGAUCCAGUUACGGUAUCAAACACUCCGUCCAAAAACUUGUCUUCAGAGGUUGAAAAAGUCUUACAGGGCCUGGGCAAUGCUAUCAAAGUGAUUCAGAAAAAGGUCGCGGAAUCUGACGACAAUAAGAGUUCAUCAGGCACGAAUUCUCAAAGUGACGAGGAAAUGGAAGUUGACAAAUCACAAAUAGCAACAAUCACUCAUGAAGAUCAACAAGCGAUUUCUACAAUUGUCACCGAUCGAGUAGUUCGACAGAAGAACGAUAGUGCAACUAUGAAAACGCCAACAGUGAUAGAAGUCACUUGCAUAAAUAUGCAGAAGGACAUCGUGGAAAAAAGAGCAGUUCAUGACUUCGACUCAUCUGUUGAAAAUAUCAAAAAAGUAAGCGAUUUAGACAUCGCCUCCCAUGAUGCGAUCAUGACAACUGAACAAACGGUCGAAAGCAGUAUAACGCCCAACACUCACAACAAAAAUGAACCCAUUUUAAACAUAUCAGGUGUUGAUAUAGACACGUCCGAGAACUUGACCCCCGACGAUUCCACACCAAAGCACCAAGGUUCUUCAUCUUAUAUGCCGGAUGAUCGUUUAAAUCCUGGUUGCUAUAUGUCGGAUGCUUGUUCAAAAUCUGGUUGUGAAAUGGUUUCAAAAACCUUUUCUCGGGAUGUUGAAGCUAUCAAAGAUAGCAAACCGAUAACAGAACCACAAUCUGCAGCAUCCAGUGUGAAAAUAGAAGUUACAGAAUAUGGUUUUGACGAGAAAGUGACGCAAAUGGAUAAAAACGUGGAUAAAACUCCUCAAGAAGAACCAAUCGCAAACAAUGACCUGGACAAUGACAGAACCACACAAACUGGAUCAAGUGAUUGGACUUUAAGUCAGGAAAUUGAAAAAACGUUAGCCGAAAUCAAGAAUGAAUCGUGUGUCCUAUAUCAAUCAUAUUCACUUGUCAAAGAAAAGAGCUUUCAGGGAAAGGGAACAGAAACAAUUACACAUCAACUUGACAGAUCAAUGUCCGAACAAAGACAUAGCUCUGACAUAAACAGAAGUCGGAGCAAAAGUGUGACUGGUUCGGCUGCUUCUGAUUCACAUAAACAACACGAAUACAGGCCGCGUGAAGUCUCCCCAAUUCGGGAUCCCUCGUUUGUCCCAUUCCAUCAAAAAGGCAAAAUCCUAAGUGAAUAUUUCAAAGGUAGGCAUAAACGCCUUGGUUUGAAAUGGGUUGAUAGAAGGCGAUCACCAAGUGGUUUCAGGAAACGUGCUAUUCAGAAAGCUAAAAUAACGUUAUAUAAAAACUGUUCUUCGAAAGGACAAUCAGACAGAACUCAGACUGAAACAACACGGGUUGUCAAAGCAGAAAAGAAAGAUUUCGAUGACGAUGAUCGGUCUUCGUGGAAAACAAACCAUCCAUACAGCAAACCUUAUAUCAGAAAUUUCAGCAGAAACGUCACUGAACGAAAAUUCCAAGAAAGGGGAGUAAGUUCUAGGUCAAGCAGGCAUACAGAAACACCUUGGCAUAGAACUGGAACAGUACAUCCAGAUAAUUUGAUAAUAGAUAGGCAUGGUAUGAUCAUUUCACUAGACUCGCCGAGCGACCGGUCUCGGUCGCGUCCUCGGAGUGACUCCAGAUCUGAUAGUAGAAUGCGGGAUGAUUCGGUUUUUCAUAGACGUCAAUCUAGAAGAAGUUUCGAAGGACGCAGGGAGGUUACGAGUCAUACCGAUCCUCCAAGCUCAGAAGCUACUUUGUCAAGGGCCAUGACGUCUCUUCUUAAAAGGAUCUUGUUUGAUGGACCACGAAAUGACGGAAGUACUGAAGGUAAAAUGGCAGACAUGGUAUUCGAAAUGGUUAAGAAAAAAGUAUCUGCAGGUGACCAAGAUAAAGCUUAUACGUUAGACAAUGAAAACACGAACCUGAACAAUACACAAGGUGUCAAUGAUUUGCCUGUAGAUAAUUUACCAGACCUCGUGACGCCUGAUCGACCUGAUCACUCGAAAGAUCGGUCAAAGCGUCAGGAGAGAUAUUCAAACAACUGGGAGCGAAGAGAGGUAUAUGUUGACAGAAAACAAUCAAGCAGCUGUGAUAACCGGAAGUAUUUUGAUCAAAGACGAGGAUCUAGUCAAACUGGAGAACAACGGGAAAGUCGUGGAGACCGACAUUACGAUAGGUCAGAAAACCGCUUCGAUAGGAAUGUUAGAAAUGACAGCACAGAUCAUUUUGAGGACAGAUUCGUUGGACGCGGUAGGGGAUGGAGCAGAGGCCGUGGAAGAUGGAAUUCCCCAAGGGGCAACUUCAACAAACCAUAUACCCGGAGCAAUUUUAACAAUGAUUACAACAAGCAACCAUUUCAAAGAAAAGCGGAAAGGUAUCCGUCGAGAUCAUUCAACUCCAAUGCAUCUCGAUUAAAGACCGGAAGUGAUUUUUCUUCUAGAAGAUAUUUUGACAGACCAGGUUUUAACAACAAACCGUAUGACAGAAAGUUUGAUAAAUACUCAUUCGACAGAAAAUCUCUUCCGAGAGACCGGAUCAAAGAGAGUAGCAGAAAUUAAAGUCUUUUGAUAUAUGUCAAUGGACCACUAUGUAAAAAAUAUCAAAGCAUACACGAUCAGUAAAUUG